AUGUAUAUAUACGUGUGCGCGAGAGAAGUGAAUCAUAUACACAUAAAAUAUACUUAAAUCAAGAUAGCAUUCCCAAAGCUGUAGGAGAAAUGGAGUUGGCUUGGUUCCUCAUUUCUUUCUCUCUGCUUGCAACAUCUUCAUUUGCAGGGAAUCAAGAGGAUGAGCAAGGACUUAACCAUUCAGCUUUACACUUCACCUUGCAUCAUGUGCUUGGACAUGGCUCGCCUCUAACCUCCCGGUCUCCGCUAUCCUUCUCUGAGUUGCUAACUCGGGAUCAAGCACGAGUUAAGCAUCUCAGCUCCAGACUCACUAAGAAUAUAACAAGCAGUGUCACAGAAAACCCUUUUGGAUCAAAUCUCGUCAGCACACCCGUGAACUCUGAUAUGUCUGUUGGUGUGGGCCAUUACUAUGUCAAGGUUGGUCUUGGCACUCCACCCACUUACUAUCCCGUGAUUGUCGACACCGGCAGCUCCAUCUCCUGGGUGCAAUGCAAGCCUUGCGAGGUGCACUGCUACCAACAGGUCGUUCCCUAUUUCGAUCCCUCUGCAUCAAGCACCUACAAAAGGUUGUCGUGCACAACACCCGAGUGCAAUUCAUACGAUCGCGGCCAUUGCACGCCCUCUAAUGAGUGCUCGUACGAGACUAACUAUGGGGACAAUUCUUUCACUGUUGGCUAUUUGAGUCAGGAUUCACUAAGCCUAACACAAUCGGAAACACUGCCUGGUUUUGUGUUCGGGUGUGGGCAGAACAAUAGUGGGUCGUUCGGUAGGUCUGGUGGUCUUUUCGGCCUGGGUGGUAACAAGCUGUCUAUAGUCUCCCAGCUGUCAACCAAAUACGGAAAUGGCUUCUCCUAUUGCCUCCCAACAGUGAGUGGAGGCAGUGGAGGCUCGUUGUCCAUAGGAAGGGAUUCGCUGACAGGACCACCCUACAAGUUCACUCCAAUGCUUCCUAUUCAACAAGAGACGGGCUACUAUUUUUUGAAGCUGUCCGCGAUUGUAGUGGCGGGCAGGACACUGCAGGGAGUGUCUGAGGCCGACUACAACAUUCCAACUGUCGUCACACCAACAAUACUAGAUUCAGGGACGACGCUCACGUAUCUGCAUCCGUCGGUAUAUGCGGCUCUCCGCGAUGAGUUCAAAAAGAUCUUGUCCUCGAAGCACGAGGCUCUCCCGAGUAAUUCUAAUGCGUGUUAUCAAGGUAGUUUGAAGGAGUUGUCAGCAGAUGUGCCUGAGGUUCGGUUGGUGUUUGAAGGAGAGGCUGAACUCACUCUUGCUCAAAACAUUCUUAUUGAUGGGAGCGGCGGCAUUACUUGCUUGGCCUUCGAGACACUCGGCCCCAACUUAGCGAUUGUUGGAUACAUUCAGCAGCAGACGUAUAGUGUGGCUUAUGAUGUCUCCAAUUCAAGAUUUGGUUUUGCUGCUGGGGGCUGCAGCUAGUUAUUAAAAUGAUGGUAACUUUAUCUCAUAUAUUAAUGAAUAAUAUGGCAUCUCAUGAAAUGGAGUCAGGAGAACGCUCAGCAACAACCCUUGUUAUAUGAUAGAUGAAGAUCCCAUGAUGCUAAAUUGUUCUUUUUUGUGUUUUUCGGACUAAAUAUUGUGUGAGCUAACCAUAGGCCUUUUAUAGGCCGUAUAAUCAAAUUAUAUAGUACUAUAUAUUUUGCCCCUUCUGUUAAAUGAGUUAUAAUCG